CGCACUUUCUUCUCAGCAUUGUGUGUGUACAUUCGCUCAGCUGUUCUGGUCAGAAGCGAUCACGACUCAUCCGAUUGCACAAAUUUUCGAAGCUUUGGAGUUUAUUUUUAGUACCAGUGCCAUGUCGUUUUGGUACGAUCCUCGUGGAUUUUUGCUGCGUAAGAGCAUGUUACUUGCUCUCUGAUUUGCUGGAUACGAAAAAAGAUUUUUCUUGUUGAGUGUCAGACUCGUUUCCCACUCACUACGGUUAUCAGAAAUUUGACAUUAAUCCGGGAUCGAUGUGCUCCGAAAAUUGACGCUUAAUUUCAACCGUAACAGUUAAGAACUAAUCAUGAAGAAGACACGCUCAAAUAUAUUUCGUGACAUUUAUUAUCAACCGUACAAUGACUGCACCAGGAUGAAGCUUUACUCCAGCAGUAAAGCAAGCCUUCAAAUGAUGCAGCGUAUGGCAUUGCUAAAAAGAUUAAAAGUUCAUAAUGGUUGUGUAAACUCUGUUUGUUGGAAUGCUACUGGAGAAUUAAUAUUAUCUGGUAGUGAUGACCAACAUCUUGUCCUUACAAAUGCUUGUAAUUAUGAGGUAUUAAUGGAUUACAAGACCAGUCACAAGGCAAAUAUAUUCAGUGCAAAGUUUUUGCCUAAUAAUGGAGAUCAUCGGAUAGUUUCCUGUAGUGGUGAUGGCAUUAUUUUGUAUACAGAUUUAAUAAGAAGAACAAAAACGUUUCAUAAUCAAUUUAAUUGUCACAUUGGUACUACUUAUGAGAUAGCGACAAUACCCGGCGAACCACAUAAUUUUUUAAGCUGUGGAGAGGAUGGAACUGUGAGAUGGUUUGAUCUUCGAAUAAAGGACAAGUGUAAUGCCUCAAGGUGUACAGAAGAUGUAUUAGUUUCAUGCGAGAGAGCUAUAACUGCUCUAUCUGUAAAUCUUGCUGCACCCCAUCAAAUAGCAAUAGGUUGUUCUGAUAGUACAGUUAGAAUACUUGAUAGAAGAACACUUGGAACACCAGCUACUGGAUGGACAGACACACCUGGUGCAGUUAAAGCCUUAUGUACUUUCACAGUUCCAGAAUUUGAAGGAAACUCUUACAGAAUAACAUCUUUAAAUUAUAGCCCAGAUGGACAGGAUGUUCUUGUUAGUUAUAGCAGUGAUCACCUUUACCUGUUCAACGUAAAGGAACAAGCAAGUGUACAGUUAAAGAAAGAUGUCGGAGUUAGAAAAGGAGAGGGUAAGAAGCAAAAGUUACGUUCGCCGUUAGUACGUAGAUUAAGACUUAGGGGAGACUGGUCUGACACCGGUCCCGAUGCUCGACCAGAAUGUGAAGGCGGUCGACGUAACGGUACAGAAAUUGCUCAAGCCAGACCCGUUCUUCAAACUUCGUUAAUGCAAAGAAUGACGGAUGUUCUCAGUAGAAUGUUAAAUGACCCAGCUACUAGAGCGGCGUUGUGCGGUGGUGGUGAUGAUAAUUUAGAAGGUGUGAUCGAUCAUCAAGAUAACACCCAAAAUAGCAACGAAAACGUUACGGAAUCUAGCGGAGAAAGACGAGACAACGAAACUGAGAGAGUUGAAACAGUUCAGACUCAGAUUAAUCAAGAAACAGCUAUAUCGGAGCAACAAGUAAACAAAUUGGAAUGUUCGAGUAUUAGUGAAAGUAAACCCGGAACAAGUUACUCUGCCGAAACGAAAGAAGAAACGCCAUCCAAUGAAACUAUGCCUUCAAAUCAAACGAUUGAUGAGAAUUCAUCAACCGAGUACAAAUCACAUGUUCCUAUGGAAGUCAAAUCUAGUCAAGUAGAAACGCAAAAGUGUUCUGUGCAACCGUGUUCAUCGCGUACUAUGGAUAUGACCAAUGAUGUAGCGGAAGACGAUCAAAGUAGCACUGAUGAUUCUCCGUGUAGCAGUAUCGAAAAUAAACAGGAAGGACAUAUGAUGGAGAACCUUCAAGAUAGACUGACAAAAAUGAGAGUCGGGUUCCUUGAAAAACAUGGUAGUGAACCUGCUGUAAGUUUAACUUAUACGGAUAAAAGUUCAACAAGCGCAACGAUAUCUCUUGGUGUAGCCGAUGAGAUGAUCCGUGAUGGUUAUCAUGCGGGACCAUCUGGUACUAGUGGAACAUUCUCGGGCAGAAAUCAUGACAAACAUAUACGAUAUAAUGAUACACAAGAAAAGACUGAUGAAAGCGCUUUUAGUGACAGUGAUGACGAAGAUAUAAAAGCUGAAGAAAGAGUGGGAAGUUGUGCAGACACUGAAAUGGAAGAGGCUAUUGAAGAUGGUCGUCCUCGUCGAGGAUCCGCAAGUUUCGACAAAACGUGCGUAACGGAACUUCGUGUGAAACAGAAAUACAUGGGGCACCGCAACGCUAGUUUCUUUAGGACCAUGAUCAAAGAAGCAAACUUUUGGGGCGACGAUUUCGUCAUGUCGGGUAGCGAUUGUGGCCAUGUGUUCGUAUGGGAGAAAGACACAGCAAGAUUGUGCAUGUUAUUGGAAGCGGACCAACACGUAGUUAAUUGUUUACAACCACAUCCAUAUCUGCCAUUGCUGGCCACAGCCGGUAUUGAUUAUGAUGUUAAACUUUGGGCACCAAUAAAUGAGGAAUCCAGCUUCGACGAAAAGUUUGCCGAAGAUCUAAAAAAGAGGAAUGCAGUCAUGUUGGAAGAAACGAAAGACACAAUGACUGUACCGGCUGUUUUUAUGAUCAGAAUGUUGGCAUGUCUCAAUCAGAUACGCAGAGGACGCGGUCGGAACAGGAGGAGGGGCGGCGACGAGAACGGCGAAUUACGAGGUGGCUAAACUCUUUACGGCGAUAUCGCCGUCUGUGAAGAUUCGAGAAUUCAACUGAAGCAACCUUUAUCGCUUCACCGGGUGAUCAAAGUCUGCCUUGGAAAAAAAAAGAAAAAAAAAAGAAAGGAAGAAACGAACAAAAAAAGAAAAAAAAGAAAACCGAGAACAAAGAAAAAAGAAAGAAAAAAGAAUCCGUAUAUUUAUGAUUUAUCAUCGCAAGUGUAAUUCACUGCUAAUUGUAAGGAUAUUUAAUCUGAUAAGCUUUGCGUAUCGUAUCAUUAUC